AGACAACGUCGUGGACGGCGCCGACGCUGCACGACCCUCCGAAGGAAACAUCUCCGACGACGGCAACAGCGAUGCUCCUGUGGCGGCCGCACGUCCCCCCUGUCUCAUCAGGACGCACAGCAGUUUAUCCUUCCUUUGCAGCAUAUACAUAGCGAAUACUUUCUCAGGUCUCCUUGUAUUUCUGGAGAUCGGCGCAGCAGAAUUCAGCGGCGGCGGCCUUCUCUGUUUCUGCGCAUUCGCCGAGUCUCCAGCGACCACGUACGCAUCACGUGUCUAUGUAUUAAGAAAGGGGAAAAGAGAAGAGAGCAGCGAAUGCCUCUCAUCUUCGCUCGUCUACAGCUGGCCGCGAGCACGGCAACGAGCGCACACCUGAGCACGAGCGGCUCCCUCUCAUCGUGCGUCGAAGCACAGGAUGCACUGACAGACAGAAAUGGUUGUGCGGGCGACACUCGCGUGCUCCACAAGGUUGGAGCUGGCGCCCCUUAUCACAUUCCUUUCCCGAGCUAUCUCGAGCAUCGAUCGGUUUGUGCGUCGGUGUACGCCGUUGCCCCCGCCGAUGCGCGUUGGAUGGCCGCCGUGGCACGUCAGCUGCGGCGAGUCGCUGUGCCUUUCACUUCCACCGAAAAACCAGCGCGUACUGCACCAUCAGCCGAUGCUUCUCUUUCAAGGAGGGCAAAUGAUUUAGAUGCUGCGCUGCCGGCGCCGGCAGAGAGCGAUGUCGACGUGGCUGGUAUAUCCAGCAGAAGGGAAUCACCACCACCGCGGCGUUGGAGCAUCCCUCGAGAGCAGCGGUGGCGCCUGCUGCGGUGGGAGGAGCACGCGAUGCCGACGGAGGGCGACCUCGCCGCUUUCACUCCGCACAGCGCUCGAGGAGGUGAGCCAUCCAACCCUAUCGGCGCAGCGGACAUGCAGAACGAGCCAGAGGAGUCGCAAGCGACUGUAAUGGACAACGCUCACCUUAACUCGGUGUGCGCGGCGGCGCACCUGCCCUCUUGCUUGAUCCUCGACAGGUGCGCAUCGAUGGCAGAGGAAGAUCCAGAACCCGAAAGACACAUUCGCUUCGUCGCGAUCAGGCCGACGCGUGCGUUAUCUCCGCAGCACCCACCGCAGCUGUUGUUUGAUUCCAUUCAUGCACCUCUUCCUUUGGUCCCUCCUCGUCCUGAGGAGGUCGUGGCGCACUGGCGAAGUCAGCGUGCUGCGACGGAGGUGAAGGACAGAGGCGACGCGUUGCACGACGGCGAGGCGGGAGGGGCGCCGCGCUCCCGAGAGAACGGACAGAACAACCAGAUGUGGCCAUCGCCGCCGUGCGCCGUGGGGUCUUCGCUCCACACGUCAGCGGCUCCACAAAAGAAUCAAGCAGAACAGCUCUGCAGUUUUGACCUUGUGACAGCAGACCUUGCAGCGCUCUUCAAGACCGCUGUUGUGGCGUCGUCUUCUGCAACGGGGUAUCUGCCGCAGCGGUGCUUUAUCGAAAUGAAGGUGAAAGGGGCUGUUGCGGCGAGGGGGAGGCGACGCUGGCGAGGCAGCGGGCACCACCCACCCCAGAAAGGAGCGCGGAACUGUUGGUGGGCGUGGAUGACGGCGGAAGUGGAGGGAGUGGUGGGCACAACGGCGGUCAUCAGCGAAGGACUUCUGGAGAACCACAAAGAUUCUGUGCAGCGUCCCUGCAAAGAACCUCAGAGGACCGCAUCCACGGUGGCACCUCGCGUUGACCGGCGUGAAGCAGAAAUGUCUUGGAUUCGAGGACCCACACAGGUUGUUUGGCGACGCCGCCUGAACAACAACGACGACAAUGUGACAGGCCGCAGCGCUGCUCUUUUAAGCCACGAGGACGAGAGCUGGCAGUGCGCUGAGGCAGCGUCCGUAGCACACAAGUCGAUCGCGGAGCUGUGGGACUCCAUCAAGCAGUCUGUUGACGCAGCUGGGAUUGAUGCCCUCGAAAAGCGAGCGGACGUGGCUAAUCGUCAACGUCAAGCGGCAGAGGACUCUCUGCUUUCCAGCACACGCACUGCAGCAGCAGAUGUGCUGACGUGGAUGCGACGUCCGACAUCACAACGAGACAGCGGCCAGGAGCGGAGGGCAGUGGUGGCGCUGCGCGACCGUCCGGCCGUGUCGUGUUGGUGCGGCAGGCCUCCAUCACCUGCGCCACACCACACAUUUCAUUUUUCUCUCUUUCUUCCAAAGCCGAGAGGGGCAGAAGAUGAGGAGGCCGACAGACACGAACACCUACCAGCGCUCUGCCGGCACGUGCGCGGCUUCGCAGUUGCGCGGUGGCGCGGUGCCUCGUGGCUGCCGUGGGACGCGUGGAUUGCGGCGGCGUGCGAGGCAGCUCGUGUACCGCUGCUGCUGCCUCCCGCCGCGCAGGCGUUGUGCUGGAUGGCCGUGUCCGCUCAUCGUUCCGGAUUCAAGAAACGCUUCUAUUGGAACUCCCAAACGGGCGGCGAAUGUGCGUACGACGCCGAAGUGGGCCGCGAUGGUGUGCGCGACUUUCCCUUUGCGAUCGCCGAUGCUGCGGUGGAAGCGAAGAAGCUGUGGCAGACGUCCGAGGCACCGUCUUCGCUUCCGCCACCUCCGUGCUGCGCUGUGCGAUGGAACCGUGCAGACGCGCACCGCGACACCGUUUCCUUCGAGGAGAACACCCGGCUGCACGCACUCGCAGAGGUUCGUCAGCACCGCUUUUGGGAGGUUCCUACGGUGGCCGGCGCUUCUUUUCGGAAGGGCAUCUCACGGCCGACGGCACCGCGCCGAACACGUCGGAAGCGCGCACGGUCGGAGGAGAGGAUGGAGGCCGACUGCGCUGCCGAUGAUGAUGACGACGACGCCGACAGCGAGGACGCAGCGGUGCCGCAACGUACACAUACUAUGUACCAUCACCUCUCAGCUGAGCUUCUAUCCAACAGCGACGGUGAUACCGUUGCUGUCCACCGGUGCCGCGACGGAGCUGUGGCGGCAGGCGGCGACACACCCGGACGCCUUCGCGCGUCAGCGCAGGAGACACAGCAGACGCAAUCCACCAUGCCAGACGCUGCGACUUCGUUGCCGUUGCAAGAUGGCAAAGCUGCCUGCAACCUCGCAGGUGCGUUUCCUGGCUCUCGUGCCUCUCCCACUUCAGUGUUGGUGUGUCUCCCAGUUCUAGGUGCUGACCCGCUGUCCAUGUCUGAAUGCCGUGCUGAUCGAAGUAGGACGAGCGACACGUCAGAGAAGGAAGAGGGAGAGAAGGCAUUUUCAGCCUUCCCCACUUUUGCUGUCGUGCGAGAGGCCGCAGCCGCAGCCGCCGCCAAAGCUCAGCAGCGGCGCCACACCCGUGACCGCCAGGCACUGAUGUCGUCUCUAUUGCGGCGCUCGCCACUUCCCACCUCGGCGCAGUGCGCGAUACACACAAGAUCGAUGAGCUGCCUGAGGAGGAGCAAUGCCGAGUGGACGUGGCAGCUGCCGCUGGCGCGCGUGGAGGCGCGCUGCAGAGAAUAUUGGCGCCCCCCGUCUAAAAUCCCAGCGGGUGCGAUCCACAGUAUGGAACCAGUAGGAACAGAUGGUGACCGUGCGGGUGAGGUGCGUGCUUCGUGCGGGCGUCAGCGGAAGUCCACCACUUCGCCAGCACCAUGCUCGCCCACAGCUGCCUUGCCCUUCGAUCUUUUGCGAGCCUUCGUUGUACCUUCCCCAUUUAUGGCCGCUGCUGUGUUGGGAAUCUCUGCCUCGUCAAGAAGUCAGCGCCGAACGGGGCGGGUGGAAGGAGCGGACGCCCGUCUCAUAACCGCAGGUGCACCGAGAGUAACGCCUGUGGUGUCUGCAUGCAACCACGACGGUGAGGGCGUCGUGGAGCCGCAGACCGACGCACCACUGCUGCUCGCGAUGAAGCGCAGCGCACCGCUGACCCCUUCCCAAGAGAGGCACCAAGCUCGUCAUGCGCUUCUGAUGAGCGCUGCUACAGACGAUGGCGAGCGCAUCUCGCUUCGUAUUCCUAUCGCACCGACGCGGAAAGCCGCAUUCAACGUGCGCGGUGCGGAGGCGGUGCAUUCGUUUUGCACAGCACAUUGGCCUCUCCUUACGUUGCGUAACGUCGCCGCCGCGCAACUCCGCCAGCCACGCCAAGCUCCUUUGCCUGACAUUGCCGCUUCCGCCGCUGCUGCCUCGGCCGACUCCGCCGCCGCAGUCCUACUAACUGGCGCCCCCAACGAAUGUCACGUCGAUCAACACGCACGCGUUGCCAGUCAAUCGGUGCCGUCGAGUCCCGUCGUACAGAUUCAAGCACGGCGCCGGGUGCGCUGCCGGGCUCUUCGGCGUGCUUUCUACCGACACAUCCUGACCGCCUCCACACCAGCGUCUUCACAGCUGCUUACCGCACCGUCAGAGGACGUCGACGAUCCACUGCGCGCACCGUCGUCAACGUGGCAGCGGUACCGCCGCGAGUUGGCGCGAGGUGACGACGCGGAGUUGGACCGCUGUGUCCGAUCGGUGCUCGCCUACGCGCAGGCGGAGAUGUGCGGCGGUGCUUUCAGUUCCUUUUACUUGAAACUGACUGUGUUCGACGCUGAUGGCAACAGAAAUAUCGACAGCAACCACGACAAUGCGGCUGCGGCUGUGGCUACAGUGGGGGGUGAAGGUAGCGUUCGCGCGAUCCAAGUGAAGCACCAUCACAUGACCAGUAGAGGUGCGCGUCUCUGCAGCGGCUCGCACCCCGCCCUUUCGCCUCCGCCCUGCGUCGAUCUCUGUGUGAGGGAUAUCAACUGCACGCCAAGUUACUACCAGCGUCUCAUGCACACGCUGCUGGUAGACGGACUGCGGCGUGAUGGCUGGUUGCUGUUUCACACACACUGGCAUGACGCCCUCGCGGGCUGCCAAGCGCUUCUUUCCUCCCAUCCGUCGCGUCCGGGCGGCGCUGGGGAGUUGCUUCGAGGAGACACGGCGGCCCCCACACACCCGCCGUUUAUGGGCAGCGUGACAGCCACAGUGGAUUCGUAUGGGCACUCGAGCGAUGCGUGCGACUGUGCAGCGAGCCGUGAAGUCCGGUGGUUUGUGGACUCAGAGGACGAUGACGAGACCGCAGGCAAUACGGCAGAUGUUGGGGCGGCGCAGCUGGAGGCAGGACUUCAUGGCGCGCAGGAGACGAUCUGGUCCUCGCGGUCGGAGGCGGAAAAUGCUGAACGGCCAUUCCCUAUUCUCAAUUGGUCCGGCGUGCCUGAUGACCAAGAGGCAGCGAUCUUCAUGACGCGUGCUGCCGCUGCACAAGCGGCCGCCAAAUCAGCCCGCUUCCUUUUUUUUUACGCGGCUGGCACCCCCUACAACAUGGAGAGGACUUCUCCAUCAGACAUCUACGACACGGCGGGAGAAAGCGAUACUGCUGUCAGUGUGUCAGCGUCCAGCUCCUCUGCUUCGUCGAAUCCAGUAAACGGACACGACGGUAGUCGUAGCACGACGUGUGCUGCAAGAGCUCAAGCACGCGGAGACGCCGGCGGCGGAGCUGAAAAUCUUCAUGGCCAACUACGCAGGCACGCCGCGCAGCUUCUCGCUGGCACCUUUCCAUGCGCGGAGGGCGUUCAUUGCGCCAACGACACGCUGCCGCCUCGUACUUCGCUGCCCGCUGCAACGCACGCAGUGGAGUGCGAGGUGCAGCCGCUGCGGCGACGGCGCUACACCCGGCGCGUCUUUUCUUUCCACGAAGAGCAGCGUUUUCUCCUCGCUGAGGCGCGAGUGGCGUGGGAGACGCGACAGUCAGCACGUCGUCACUCUCGGCGCAGCUCCACAGAAGAUGAAUUCGACGGCGCUGGCAACUCCACAGCCGCCACCACGGCGGUUACGAAGUCCAGUGCUCCGCCCUCCACGACAUUGCUGUCGUCUGUGUUUAGCGAGGGCGACGCAUUGGAUACAGCGGAGGGGGAGGAGGAGGAGGGGGAGCUGGCGUGGCUGCGGCUGCGUCAUCGCGCCCACCUGCGACACGUGCGCACCCCUGCCGGUCCGCUGUGGCCGCAUCGUGAAGUGCCGCACGACGUGUUCUCCGAAGCGUGUCGGAGCGACGCCGCGACCCACUUCACCUACAUGGCGUACAUGCUGCGUGAUCGCCGGAGGACUCUCGGCGCAGCCGCAUCAGCUCGCCCCUUCUGA